CUCAUGUAUAUCUAUAUAGCUCUUUUUGUGGCUUCAGGUGCAUUUAUAGAAGGAUUUUGUUGGGGACACACUGCAGAAAGACAAUCAUCACGGAUACGCACUAAAUAUUUAAGAUCCGUUCUACGACAAGAAAUCGGGUACUUUGACAAAAGUCUAGAAGCGUCACGUGUAGUCACAAAUAUAUCAACUGAUAUAUCAAUAAACAUACAAGGAGUCCUUGCUGAAAAGAUUCCCGACUUCAUUGCAAAUCUAUGCAUGUCCGUGACAGCUGAAUUAACGGGUGUGUACCUCUGUUGGAGAUUAGCGAUUGUGGCAUUGCCUGCUAUUAUUUUGCUUAUUAUUCCAGGGGCAGUUUAUGGAAACCUCUUGGCAAAAAAUGAAGAUAAGCUACAUGAAGCUUAUGCAGUUGCUGGAGGGAUAGCAGAGCAGGCAUUUUCUUCAAUUAAAACAGUUCACUCAUAUGUUGGAGAGGAAAAGAUGGUGAGGCGUUUUUCAGACGCUUUAGGAUCAACUCUAACUCUCGGGAUUAGACAAGGUUUACUGAAAGGAAUGGUUUUCGGAAGCUUUGGUGUCAUAUUUUCUAUUUUUGCACUAAUGAGUUGGUAUGGGAGCAUCUUAGUCAUUAAUAAAGGAGUCAAAGGUGGAGAUAUUCUCAGUGCUGGUUUGUGCAUUGUCUAUGGAGGAUUCGGUCUUGGAGCUUCUUUAAUGAAUAUCAAGCAUUUUGCGGAAGCCAAGAUUUCAGCAGCCUUUGUUAACGAGAUUAUUAACAGGGUGCCGAUCAUAGAUUCAACAGACGAACAAGGCACAACAUUAUCCAUGGUUAAAGGUGAGCUGGAGUUCAAAGACGUUGACUUUGCUUACCCAUCAAGACCAGAAAGCCUGGUUCUAAAAAAUGUCAACCUCAAGAUAGAGACUGGUCAGACCGUAGGAUUAGUUGGCCAAAGUGGCUCCGGUAAGUCAACAAUAGUCAAUCUGCUGGAAAGAUUCUAUGAUCCAAUUAAAGGGGAGAUAUUACUGGAUGGAGUUAACAUAAAGUCACUCCAGGUAAAGUGGUUAAGAAGUCAGAUGGGUUUAGUAAGCCAAGAGCCUAUACUAUUUGCAACAACUAUCAGAGAGAACAUCCUAUUCGGUAAAGAAGAUGCUACAAUUGAUGAAGUUGUAGAAGCAGCUAAAAAGUCCAAUGCCCACAACUUUAUCACACAACUACCAAACGGGUAUAACACAUUGGUGGGAGAAUUAGGAACACAAAUGUCAGGAGGGCAGAAGCAACGAAUUUCCAUCGCAAGGGCAUUGCUUAGAGAGCCAAAAAUUCUUCUCCUGGAUGAAGCCACUAGUUCCUUAGACUCGCAUUCUGAGAAAGCAGUCCAGGAAGCUUUGACGCGGGCCUCAGUAGGAAGAACAACAAUAGUCAUUGCACAUUUGUUAUCGAUAGUCCGUCAUGCAGAUUUGAUUAUUGUUAUAAAAUCAGGAGAAGUGAUAGAGUCUGGUUCACAUAAAGAACUUAUUCAAAAAGUUAGUGGUCCAUACUCGAUCAUGGUGCAGGUACAGAAGACAAGGGUUAAAAAUGGUCAAAGUUCACCAUCAUCUGAAGAUAUCAAAGCUAAAAUCAUGGAAACUCCAGUAGCAGAAGAUGAAACCCUAGAGGGGCAGAAACUCGCCAAAUCCCAUUUCGAAGAAGUGACUUACCGACACUCGGAGGAAGAAUCCUGCAAGCCAUCAUGGUGGAACCUAAUGCGGAUGACUGCACCUGAAUGGAAGUCGACUCUAAUGGGAGCUAUUGGUGCUCUUCUUAGUGGUUCAGUGCAACCAUUGGUUGCAUGCUUUCAAGCAGUAAUGCUGUCCAUAUUUUUUCUCACCGAUCAUGGCGAAAUCAGAUCUCAAACAAGAUCAUUAUGCUUCGCCUUCUUGACCAUUUCUAUCUCUGCCAUAAUUUCCAGUGUGACUCAGCAUUACUAUUUUGGAAUAAUGGGAGAAAACUUGACAAAGAAGAUCAGAUCAGCAAUCUUUGAAAAGAUUAUGACCUUUGAGAUCGAAUGGUUUGAUCAAGAAGACAACAACACCGGGGCCCUAUGUUCAAGACUAUCUACUGAGACACUAAUGGUUAGGAAUCUUGUAGCUGAUAGAUUGGCGUUUUUUGCCCAGUCUAUUUCAGCCUCUAUUUUAGCGACCAUUUGGGGGAUGAUAUUGUCUUGGAGACUAGCUAGUUUAGCUUUGACUUUGCAACUAUUCAUCAUCGGUAGUUUCUACUUGAAAGUAGUAAUGACAAGAAACAUGUCCAAGAAAGUUUUGAUUGCACGAAACAAGAGCUGUGGAAUAGCAAGUGAGUCUGUUAGUAAUCAAAGAAUCAUCACCGCAUAUGACUCUCAAGGCCAGGUUAUGAAAUUAUUUGAAGAUUCACAAAGCGGUCCAAACAAAGAGAGCAAGAAGCAACCAUUAUAUGCAGGAAUAGCUUUAUUUACUCGACAAUUCCUAACGAAUGGUAACAUAGCCAUACUUUACUGGUAUGGAGGGAAGCUUUUGUACCAUGGUGACAUCACAUACCAAAGGCUAUUUCAGACUUACUUUAUUGUGGUAACAGCAGGGAUAUUAAUAGCUGAGGCAGGAAGCAUGACAGGAGAUAUAUCUGUAGGAGCAAAUGCCUUAAAGUCGAUCUUUACAGUUUUAAAUAGAGAUGGUAAGAUGAAAACCGACCCAUUACAGCAUAAUGUUCUCACUCCGAAAAUGAUAAACGGGCAGAUAGAACUAAAAGAGGUGCAGUUUACUUACCUGACAAGACCAACAAAGAUGGUUCUUAAAGGUUUGAGUUUGAAGAUCGAAGCUGGAGAAGUUGCAGCUCUUGUUGGAGUAAGUGGAUCCGGAAAAUCAACAAUUAUUGGAAUGAUUCAGAGAUUUUAUGAUCCGACAAUGGGAUCUGUGGAAGUGGACGGUGUUGAUAUCAAAUGCUACAACAUUAAAGCGUUACGGUCCUCUAUUGCAUGGGUUGGCCAGGAGCCUAGUCUAUUUUCAGGAACUGUAAAAGAAAAUAUUGCCUACGGGAAAGAGAAUGCAACAGAAGCUGAGAUAAUUCAAGCAGCAAGCCUUGCCAAUAUCCAUGAAUUUAUAAGUUCCUUGAAAGAUGGAUAUGACACAGUUUGUGGAAAAAGAGGUACACAAUUAUCAGGGGGGCAGAAGCAAAGAAUUGCUAUUGCAAGAGCAAUCCUGAAAAAUCCAUCCAUUUUACUACUGGAUGAGGCAACGAGUGCACUAGAUGUCAGAUCAGAGACUAUUGUCCAAGAUGCUUUGGAGAAGACCAUGGUUGGUAGGACAUGUGUGAUUAUAGCUCAUCGGUUGUCUACUAUACAAAGAUCAAAGAAAAUAGUUGUGAUUGACAACGGCAGUGUUCUUGAGGAGGGUUCUCAUGAUGGUUUGCUAGCCAAAGGAGAAAAAAGUGCUUACUUUUCACUUUUCAAUCUCCAUCAACAAUCAUUCACCGAGUAACAAAUAAAACCCAAAUUAAUUACUGGUUACUAUGUUCAGAAAAGAGUUGCAUUUUGGUAUAAUAUAUAUACAAGACCUUAUCAAAAGCAAAAACGUAAAUUUUUUCAAAGCUUAAGACUGUAUUUAGAUGUGCGUUUUCAAAGCGAAUAUUAGUAUAUUACCAUUUGAACAGUUUGAUAAUUUAAUAAUUAGAUCUUUUUAGGCAAGGAUUGUUAGA